GCGGGAGGGAUGGCGGCGGGAGGGCCCCCUGGCGGCGAGCGGGCGGGUCGGAACCUGAAGGAAAGGCUGCGGGAGCAGUUCUGCGACCACCCCCUGGAGCACUGCGAGGACACCCGCCUGCACGACGCAGACGCAGCCUACGUGGGGGACCUGCCCACCCUCGAGAGCCUUCUGCAGGAGGAGAGCUUCCAGAGGUACGGUGCAGAUGUGGAUGUGAAUCACCACCUCAAUUCCCGGGUUCCCAGCCUCUCCGUGAGGCCCCUCACCACCCUGAUGGUCUGCCCACUGUACAUCAGCGCUGCCUACCACAACCUCCAGUGCUUCCGGUUGCUGCUUCAGGCCGCACUCGGAGCCUCUUGUCUCUCUGCCGCACAACUGUACGAAGAACACUUGACAAAUCUCAUCUGGAUCGGAUCCAUACCCUUCCAGUCCCAGACCUCGUUAAACAAUUUUUACUUCACAAACACAGUUAAGACAAUUAAAGGGCAACUGACUGCUUUCCAGGACAGUGUGAUUUUGUAAAUGAGUGCGCUGAUAAAUCCAGGUGCCAAUCCUAACCCUUCUCCCCCCGGUGAAAUACUGUAUUGCUCAUGGAUUGCACAGAAUUCACUGCCCCUGUGAUUUUCUCCUCCAAAUUUAGGGUGCAGUGAUUUUGUGUGUCUAUUCUUAAGCUACCAGUGCCAAGGCCAGGUUGGAUGGGGCUUUGGGCAACCUGGUCUGGUGGAAGGUGUCCUUGCUCGUGGCGAGGGGUUUGGAACCGGAGGGACUUUAAGGUCCCUUCCAACCCAAACCAUUCUGUGAUUCUAUGAUCGAAUUGGUUAUCUCUUGUUUGCAACUGGUUGGGUGAUGAGGCAAAUAACUGUGUGUAGGUGUUACAUGGGCAAAUACAAUAUGUCCCAGAGCUGUUAGCAUAUGUCUGUUACGACUCUACCUCUGUUAUUGCUCUGUGUUGCUCUGGGUUCCUUUCAUUUCCAGUGUCUCCCUGUUGCUGUUUACCUUCCUGUCACAAGUCCACAGCAGAGUGUCGUGCUGCAGUGAGCCGAGAAUCUUCCUUGGGAUUUCAGGGUCAACCAGCAUCUUGAAGCAACCUGGUCAUUGUAUAGGAAACAUGUCAAAACAUCAUCUUCGCAAGGACAGAGAUGAUGGUCCCUCAGGAUCUUGGGUAAAAACCCGGGGGAUAAUCAGUACUUGCUUUUGCUUUACUGAUCCAAGUUCUUUCUAGGCUGUGUUACUAGUUGAUUUUUAUGACAAUUUUUGUUUGCUAGACUUUCUUCUCAUGCAAUUGGCAAGGGGAUUUUUCCAGAUGUGAUGCUAAAGAUGUUGGGAAUUGUGGGGUGUUGGUGCCUGGGAACCUGUUGUUGAGAGCCGAGUUAAGCAUGGGAUGGCAAGGACAGUAAGACAACCCCUCCUGUGACCAGAGAAGAGCUCUGGUUGCUCUUCUCCUUGACUUGCUGUAGUAACAGGGCAGUGGGCUUGUUCAAGCUACCUUGGUUUUUGGGUUGGGAUGCCUUUGGCCAACAGCCCUGGUUGUGCUGUUACUGCAGGAGCGGGUCCUCUGGGCUGUCCCGUGGAUGUUUCAGUUUCUGGUCCUCCUGCUAUGGGAUAUGUUUAGAGUCGAGUUCAAUAAGUAAUGAUGGACUUUCUUGUACAUUUUAUUAUCUGCCGAAGAACAUGUGCCUUUCCAAGAUGCUUUCAGAGAAGGAGGAAUGGGAGGAAAAGCACAGUCCCUGAUUGUUUCCUGUCACUUUGAUUUCGUGGCCAGGCCUGGAACAUCCAGGUGGCCCUUUGUGUUGCUCUGCUUACCGAUUUUAGGAUAAGGUGGCAAAAUUUGCACUUCUGAGAACUGCCUAAAGUGUGGCUUAGUGCACACUCAGUGCUCAGAUACCAAAGCAAAGGAUGCUUUCAAACCCCUCAUCAGGUGAGAUGUGAUGGCAAGGAUAUGUGGCUGUAGGCAUGCUUUCAAGGGGAGAAGGCAGCAGUUAGGCACUGUUUCCUUUUCAGGCUUGCAGAUGGUUUAGGUUUUCACCACGCUGGGGGCCAGGGCAGCCCAUGAGCACGUUGCCUGAGAGUUGUGUGCUUGCUUUAUAGAAGUGUUAACAUGCCUGAAAGAUGCAGACAGGUUGUAAAGCCUCUUUUCACCUUGCUGGUGGAACCAUAAUGUUUUGCAGGACCACAGGCCAAACGUGCUCUCUAGCUCCAGUGUAUAGAGACAGAAAAUGAGGUAGGGUGUCUUGAGAAAACACCAUCACAACAGCUUCUUUGGGUUGACUUUUUCCCCCUUGAUUUUUACUUGUUUGUGCAGUUUCACAAACCGGUCACCCUUUAGUGCCUUUUGGCUGAGGGCGGUAGGAUGGACGUGGAAGACACGUGCUCUUCUGGGGGGAGAGCUGCCUCCACCUGGAAUGAGAUACAGCGAGAUGUCGUGGUGUGAAUGAUGGGAGGUGGCCCAAAGAAACUCAGAGUUUGGUUCUUAACUCAGUGCCUGAUGUAACUGGUAGAUAUAUGUAGCUGAAGCUAAAGCCCUGCAGAUGACCUGUUCCAGUUUUAAUUAUGAGGCACUGGCCCGGGUUGCCUGGGGAAGUUUUGGAUGCUCCCUCCCUGGAAAUGUUCAGGGCCAGGUUGGAUGGGGCCUUGAGCAGCCCUGGUCUAGUGGGAGGUGUCCCUGCCUAUGGCAGGGGGUUGGAACUGGAUGAUCUUAAGGUCCCUUCCAACCCAAACUAUUCUAUACUUCAGUAUUUGGUUUGUUGACUGUUGUGCUCUUGUCUGAUGCUGUCCUACAGUGUCCUUGCAGCCAGCGACACCCGGACCAGUCUAGCGACUGUGCUCCCGCCUGGAACUGUGACUCUGAGGUGAGGGAGAUGGUGAAGAGCCCCCUCUUCCCACGCACAGAGUCAAUACCUGGUACCGAUUCCUUGUAGGUCUCGCUGGUGAGCUCAAGGCAUGCUGCAGGUAGAGGUUUUGGCUCAAGCCAAAAAUCUUCACAUCCAGCCCAUUUGGCAUCCAAAAGAUUCUGCUGUCUAUGGAUCCACAGGUCAAAGGAUCGUUCUCCCAACCCGAUAGCAAACAAGCCUGAAGUUUGUUAGUCACUUGGACAUUUGCCCAAUCAAAGCUUUGGCCUUUUUGACUGGAGUACCCAUCCCACUCCCAUCUUAACUGAGGGGCUCCUGCAAAAGGCUCGGUAUUAAACUUGGAUGGCCUUUCUUUUGGCUUGAGGGCCUGAAGGGGGUCCAGCUCGGGGGGACAACUUGUAUAAUAUUAGGCUGUAAGAGCAAAGACUGCUGUUAGAGGAAGUCGCUGUGGACUUGGGUUGCUGAGGCUACAUAAACCCGGUUUUGCCUCAGUGAAGUAGUUUCAUAGGCAGACUUGGAAGAUCUGGGAUUUUCAUCAUAGAAAGAUAAUGAAUCUCAAAAUAGAUUUAUGAUGUUCAUAGACCCUGGUGUCUUGUCCUGUAGAGCCAAAACCUAUGUCCUGUGGCUGUCCCUGUCCUUUUAAACCCAAGGAACAAGUCUUCCAAUAUGAAAUCAGAGUAAUAUGUGCGUAUUCUAUAUCUUGACGCUAUAUAAACAGCAUUUAUUUUUGCCUUAACUCAGACCUCACCAUUUCCUGUGUAGCAAAGUGUUGCCUUUUAUAAAGGCAUUCUUUUCCAUGGUGUCCAUCAGCUCAAAUAACCUGAGUAACAGAUGGGUGUCAUGAAGACAGAGGUGGGAAAUUAAAUGUUUGCAGUGUUCAUCCCCUAGACUGAAGAAUGCCUAAUGUAUUUGUGCGUAAGAUACAGACCGUGCCUUGUGUGGCCUUGCUGUAAUCUUGGCUGGGCUGGGAUAACAAGGUUUGGGAAAUGGUUGAAGAAUCAAAACAGAUCUGGAAUAAGCAAAGCAGAUCCAAAGCAAUCCUUUUCAUGUGGGCUUUCUUCUUGUCUUUGUUGCUGUGGGGAAUUUCCAGAGCAUGAAAUGCUGGUAGCUGGUACCCAAAUACAAUUUCCUGCUCUUUGGGAGUUCUGGAGAAGGUAGAGGAACAGCAUCUGUUGGGCUGAAGUGUUUUGUUCCCCCUUUAUCACCAAAGUAGAGUACUUUUUACACCAAAACCAGCCUUUGAUGUACAGUACCUCUUUACCCCUUCCUGUUCCAUUGAAGACAGCAGCGUAAGAAGCUGCCCAGGACAGGGUAAAGGUAACAGAGUCCCACUUCAGUCUGAGCUAAUCAGAGUUUUGUGGAUUGUGCCCACAGCCAGAUCGGAUCUGAGAGCAGACAGGAGGUGUCUGUGGUGGACCUGGAGCCGUGUGUAGCCGAAUAAACCUGUUCCAGUGCAAGAGCGUGGCUGUCCGCCUCGU